AUGCACACCUGUCCAACGGAUGCCCUCGGUAUAAUUACAGGCAUUCCUCCUCUAUCUAUUCUGAUAGAAAAGGAGGCCUGCUGGAGCUCCAUACGGCUGCCCAAUGUAAUCAGCAUGAAGAGUGGAGAUCUUUGGGGUCACUUGGAGGUUCUCAAGCCUUUUCUGGAUGAUCCCGCUAUCAAGCUCACAGAUAUCAUGCUACCGAAAUUAUCCUUUGAUAAGCCCUACAAGGUCAGAAUUCCUGAAAGGGACUGCUGUAAAGCGAUAAUAUCUAUGAUUGACAAAGGGUCCCAAGUAUGGUAUACCGAUGGAUCAAAGAUGGAAGACGGGAGUACUGGGGCAGGCGUGCUUGGACCAAGGUUCCAGAAAAGUCUGCCAAUGGGCUCAUACCCAACCAUAUUCCAGGCGGAGAUCUUCGCAAUCGAAGUCUGUGUUCGAGAAUGUCUUCGGAGAAGGACAAACGGGGCCAGAAUAAAUAUUAUGUCGGAUAGCCAGGCAGCACUAAGGGCCUUAGACUCAUUUAAAACGACAUCAAGGCUUGUGGACAGUUGUAAAACUCUUCUGAAUAGCCUAGGAGCCCAUAAUAGAGUUACGCUGUGGUGGGUCCCUGGGCAUGAAGGGUUUGAAGGCAACGAAAGGGCUGACUAUCUCGCAAAACGUGGGGCCCAAACGCGAAUGCAUGGUCCCGAGCCUUUCUGUGGUACAUCUAUAGGAUACACUGCAGAACUACUUAGGAGUAGGGAGGAAUCUCAGAUUGCUGCCCACUGGCGUAAGUCAAAGGGAAUGAGACAAUCAAAGAAAUUCAUAACUCCUUCCAAGAGGAACUCAGAAAGACUCCGUGAACUCAGCCGGGAGGGUCUUAGGACUAUUACAGGCUACCUGACAGGACACUGCAAGUUAAGGUACCAUCUAAACAAAAUGGGGCUUUCUGUAGAGACGGACUGCAGGUUCUGUGGGCUGGCGGAGGAAACCUCGGAGCACAUUCUGUGUGACUGCCCGCGUAUCAUGAAUAGCAGACUGAUGCACCUGGGGAACGAUUGUCUUCUCCAUCCAAGAUUUGGAACACGGCACCCUCCAAUGUGCUUAAUUUCUUGA